AUGGCACCUACCAACAUAACCCCCCGCUUCUCCACCGACGAAGUAACAGUCGUCUUCUUCCUCGGCGGCCCCGGCAGCGGAAAGGGCACCCAAUCCGCAAACCUAGUCCAGAACUACUCCUUCGUCCACCUAUCCGCAGGCGACCUCCUCCGCGCCGAGCAAGUCCGCGAAGGAUCCUCCCGAGGCGCAAUGAUAAAAGAAUACAUCACCGAAGGCAAAAUCGUCCCCAUGGAAGUAACCGUGAACUUGCUCUCCGACGCCAUGGCCGAGUCUUUGGCUUCCAACCCGCCUCCCGCUGGCAGCAAGGCUCGAUUCCUGAUCGACGGAUUCCCGCGUAAACUUGAUCAGGCGGAGUUCUUUGAAGCGAGUGUUUGUCCGUCGGAAUUGGUGCUUUUCCUUGAUUGUCCCGAGGAUGUUAUGGAGUCGAGAUUGUUGAAGCGGGGCGAGACGAGUGGGAGGGAUGAUGACAAUGCUGCUUCUAUUCGGAAGCGAUUCCGCACGUUCGUUGAGACUAGUAUGCCUGUUGUUGAGGCGUUCCGAAAGGAGAAUAAGGUUGUUACUGUUAAGGCUACUGGGUCUGUGGAUGAGGUUUAUGAGAGUGUUAAGGCUGGGAUUGAGGAGCGGGGUUUGCACCCUCGUUAA